CUUUAUAUGUGUACGAAAAUUAUUUAUUUAGAAAAAGCAGAUCUUCCAUGAAUGGUGAUAAGUUAUAUGUCGCUUGCGUAUUUAAUGGAUGUAAAGCAACUGGUCAGAUCAAGAGAGAUGAGUUUAUCCCUAGAAAGUGUCAUAAUCACGGCCCGGAAGAGUUGCGAAUUCAAAAGUUGCGUUUGCGAGCUGAUUUAAGAAAAGUUGCUGAAAAACAUCGAGGGCCUGGUAUGAAACGUGCCUAUGAUGAGGCGUGUGAGAGGUAUCAGAACGCUGCAGAAUUUGUCUCAUAUAAUGCAUUCAAAUCAACGAUGUAUAGGACCAAGCAGGUACAAACUCCACCCAACCCACAAGAUCUCACUGACUAUGCUAACAUUCUCAGUCAGGAAGAAGGAGAACAUUGGGCCAAGACUAUUGAGGAGCAGCGUCGUCCGUUUUUCCACAAGUUGAUUGAGAACAAUAAGGACGACUGGAAGGCUGUUAUCUUCAUCUGUCCGACGCUGAGCUCCUUGAUGGAAACCACCAACACCGUGCUCGUGGACGGCAGGACGACGUAUGAGGACAUUAUGUUGCAACUAAGGGCCUACCAGCUGUUCACUGUGCAUGUGCUGCACAUGGGUCAUUUCUUCCCGGUGAUGUAUGCCCUGAUAUCUCGCAAGACCGAGGCUUGCUACCGAGGUGUGCUGGGUGAGGUGGUGACCAAUGUCUGCCCCGGCUCCAGAGCCUCUGUCCACACAAUACUCUCGGACUACGACAGUGGGAUGAUGAAAGCUGCUGCUUUUACCUGGCCCCAUGCCACUGUUGUUGGAUGCUUCUUCCACUUUGUCCAAGCGGUGUACCAUAAGCACAUAAGUGAGAACAUGACGGAGCUGACGAAGCACAGCGUCAGUGCACGAACUGUACUGCGGAUGUUGAUGGCACUGGUGCUGCUGCCGGCCCAUCUCAUGGGUGAGGGGUUAGACCUAGUGUGGCAGUAUACAGUGCUCCACGAACUCCAGUCACAGUUCCACCCACUAUUCGAGUACAUGCGUGCUUUUUGGCUCACGGCGGUGGGGCCGGACACUUGCUCUGUGUACAAUCAGUUGCACCGCACCACCAACGCUCUUGAGGCUUUCUACUUCCAGCUCCAGAGGAUAGAGAGGCGACCUUCCAUCUGGGAGUUUACAGGGGGCCUACAAAUGAUCCAACGCGACGCAGCUGCAGAUGUGUCACGGCUAAACAGUGGCUCAACGGUGAAGUGCACACGCAAGAAAGCG